GUCCGCGGACGACCAGGAAACCCAUACCAGAAUGAGCGGCCGCGCCGGCAGAUGGCAAUAGCAAAGUCCCAUCUACAGGCCAUGGGCAAAUCAGUGGGGUCUCCGCAUCCCUUCCAGCCAGUCAUGACAUCAGAGAAACGUGGUUGCGCGAGUGACGGAGGGAUGAUGAACGACGCGUUUCUUCGGGAUAUCUUUUCUAUAUCAAAGACGUAGGAUCGAUUGAUCAUCUUUUUCCCUGUAACUUUUCCGCGAUAGUGAUUGAGCUAUCUCUACAUAACCUCAACUUCUCGUGCUCUUUGCUCAGCUCGUACACUCUUACCCACACCCAUACGCCUCUAAACUCCUUUCAAUCUCUCAUCCCGUCACCAUGGCCAUGUCCCAAGCCGCCUACAAGGCCGAGCAGGCCCUCGGCCACGACACCAACGCCAUCACCGAACAAGACAACACCAACCCGGCCAACUCCCCCGCCUACGCCGACUCCUCGGGCGAGACGAUGAAGGCCCUGGCCUGGCUGGGCAAGAACUCGGUCGCCGUGGUCGAGACCAACAAGCCGCGCCUCAUCGAGCCCACCGACGUGAUCCUCAAGGUCACCGGCAGCACCGUGUGCGGCUCCGACCUGCACCUACUGCACGGCACCAUCGUCGAGAUGCAGAAGGGCGACAUCCUGGGCCACGAGUUCUGCGGCGUGGUCGACAGCGUCGGCUCCGCGGUCAGCAAAGUCAGCGUCGGGGAGCGCGUGGUCGCGAGCUUCCAGAUCGCGUGCGGCGAGUGCUACUACUGCAAGAAGAAGCUGUCUUCGCAGUGCGAGCGCACCAACGCGAAUACGCUGGAGAACGCGAUGUACGGGGGCCGCACGGCGGGCAUGUUUGGGUACUCGCACUUCACGGGGGGGUUCGCGGGGGGCCAGGCCGAGUACGUGCGGGUACCGUUUGGGGAGGUGAAUUUGCUGAAGAUCCCCGACGCGGUGCCGGAUGAGAAGGCGCUGUAUUUGAGCGAUGUGCUGGCGACGAGCUGGAACUGCGUAGUAGAUACAGGCGUCGAGAAGGGGGACGUGGUGGCGAUUUGGGGCGGGGGGCCGAUUGGGCAGAUGUGUGCGGAUUUUGCGUUUUAUCAUGGCGCGGCGAGGGUGAUUGUGGUGGAUCAGAAUUGGCGGUUGGGGUUUAUCCAGAAGCAGAAUCCGAAGGUGGAGGUGCUGGAUUAUUCGGCGCUGAAGAAGGGGGAGAGUGUUACGAGUAAGUUGAAGGAGAUGUGUGAUGGUAGGGGACCGGAUGUCGCGCUUGAGUGUGUGGCUGGUGAGUAUGCGAAGGGGUGGGCGCAUUACUUUGAGCUCAUGCUGGGGAUGGAGACGGAUACGAGCGAGAUUGUCAACGAGAUGAUCACGAGUGUGAGGAACUUUGGAAAGUGUGGCAUUACUGGAGUCUAUGUCGGAUUCACCAACCAUUUCAACAUCGGUGCCCUGAUGGAGCGCGGCAUCCGCCUCAUAGGCAACGGACAAGCGCCCGUCCAACUAUACUGGGAGCAGCUUCUUGAGCUCAUCCAGUCCGGCGACAUCGACCCGAUGAAGAUGCUGUCGCAUCGUGUCAGGCUCGAGGAGAUUGAUACUGUCUACUACAAGUUCGAGAAGAAAGAGGAUGGUAUGCAGAAGGUGUUUGUGGAGACCAAGUUCUCAGCACCGCCCUGUGCAGGGAGUCCGGAGCUGAAGAUCUACGAGAAGGGUGGCAUGGCUGCCUUGGAGAAGAAGGCGAAGAGAAUGGCGAUUGACGUGUAAGGGGCACGAGUCAUGUUGAUAGGACAGGUGUGUGUACGACAGCUCAGGAGUCCAAGCCUACACUGGUCGAUGAGGAUGAACUACUUGCUUAGCACGCAAUCGAAGGAAUAUCAAUGAGGAAGGUGAUGAGCUGAAUUCAUUGGAGAGCUGUUGGUACAUGUACAACGAUCCCUGAGAAUGAACUGUUUACCUAAUAUUCUCUUGAAUAAGAUGAACUGUUAUGAGCCCAUGUGGAAUCUGAUGCCACUCCAACCAACUA